GGCAGCUUAACUAGCUAGUAACUAGUAGUUGUAAUAUUUUAUCUGCUGAGAUUAAUGCUUUCUUCGUUCACACAGAUCUGCCGCCAUGCUUAAAUCCCAAAUUAGGCCAUCCACUCAAGGAUUAUUGACCACACUUUUGCUUUAAAAUUGACAAAAUCAGUCUCCAACCAAAAGGUUAAAAGGGAAUUGGGCUAAAUGAGUCAUACUAAAUUUGGCUCCGGGAUAGGUAACAUUUAACCUCAAGAUAUGCUAAGUUUGACCCUAAAAAGAAAUAAAAUAAGAAAAAAAAAAAACAUAUAGACCUGCAUGGUUGACGAUAAAAAAUUAACAUUAAAGUAAUCUUUAAAAUAUUAAAUUUUAAAGAGUUAAAAUACAAUCAAAGAUUACGUCUAGCCUUCAGGAAUGAAAAUGACCUGAAGGGCAAGGCCAAGGAAUAGAGGUACAAAAGAUGAGGUACAUAUGUAUCUAAGUUAUCUUGAAAUAACACAAGCAGCCCUCUGUGGAACCCACUCACCUAAUGCAUGUUUAUGUCUGUAUGUCUCAACUGCCUAUAAAACCCUUUCUUUCUUCACUCAACACCACAUUCAUCCUUGUUAUAACUUAAGCCCUCUCUCUCUCUCUCUCUCUCUCUCUCUCUCUCUCUCUGUUUAUAGAGUUGGUUGCCAAAACAUGCCUGCCCAAGUUAUGCCAGAAAAAGCCCUUCAUGGAAUUCAUGGAUUGGGAAGGGACAACAUUACUACUGCUCCUCUCCCCAAAAGGUUGGAUGGAAAAGUUGCUAUAGUGACAGGUGGUGCUAGAGGCAUUGGAGAAGCAACAGUGAGGCUUUUUGCAAGGCAUGGCGCCAAAGUAGUCAUUGCUGACGUGGAGGAUGCAGUUGGCACGGCCCUAGCAAAUUCCCUGGGCCCUUCAGUUACCUUUGUUCACUGUGACGUUAGCUUGGAAGAAGACAUGGAAAACCUAAUUGAAUCAACAAUUUCCCGUUACGGGCAACUGGACAUUAUGUUCAACAAUGCCGGGGUCCUCGGAAACCAGUCGAAACACAAGAGCAUCAUGAACUUUGAUGUCGACGAAUUUGACCGCGUAAUGCGGGUGAAUGUUAGAGGAGCUGCAUUGGGGAUGAAGCAUGCUGCAAGAGUGAUGGUUGCCAGAGAAAUCGGAGGGUGCAUAAUUUCAACUGCAAGUGUAGCCGGAGUAGCGGGCGGCCUGGGGCCACAUGCUUACACAGCUUCAAAGCAUGCCAUUGUAGGGCUCACAAAGAACACAGCUUGUGAAUUGGGAAGGUACGGAAUUAGGGUAAACUGCAUUUCUCCGUUUGGGGUUGCCACGUCAAUGCUGGUCAACGCUUGGAGGAUGAGUGGCGAUGGUGAUGAUGAAGAUGAAGAGGAAUGUACGGAUUUGGGGAUGCCUUGUGAGCAAGAAGUGGAGAAAAUGGAAGAGUUUGUGAGAGGGCUUGCCAAUUUAAAAGGUCAAACUUUGAGGGCAAAAGACAUAGCUGAGGCUGCUCUUUAUCUUGCUAGUGAUGAAUCCAAGUACAUUAGUGGUCACAACUUGGUUGUGGAUGGUGGAAUUACCACUUCAAGAAAUUGUGUUGGCUUGUAGCCUUUUUUCAUUUUUGUUUUUUUCCAUUUCAUGGUGUGAUUUUGUAUAUUCAUAGACUAGGAAGUGUUGGAAUAUGAUUAAGAUAACAUGAUUUUCACAAUAGGUGUAAUCAUAUGUGAAGGUACACCAUAAUAUUGAUGUACUAAUAUACAUAUGAUUGUAGUGAAAUAAAUAAAUUAAUUAAUAAAGAAAAUAAUAUAAUAAAUUAAUUAAUUAAUUCUAAAAUGAUUUGAAUAGUUGUAUUUUAACGUGAAAAGUUAUAAC